AUGCAGUCACCGGCAAUAGGAGAUCGUAUUUUUGUUUGGUUUCCGGCUUGGCAGAUGCCGGAAGACCUAUUGAACCUGACGUUCAAUGCUCGCAGUCACAAACAAUCCAAAGGAAGAACGAAAAGAAAAGCCACCUGCCACGCUCUGCAACAGCCGACGCCCUCAGGUGUCCCCUAUGCAGCACGCCGAUACGGGCUGUCUGCGGCCGUCACCGACCUCCAGGAGACAGCACCACCCACACGUUAAAAGGAAAGCAGGAGCACGCGCUCCUCGGCCAGCUCUCCGCCCCUCCCGGCUCACCGCUCUUCAGGCCGCCCACAGCAGCGCCGUCGCGGAGUGGCGGUAAAGGACGAAUGGAGGCGAGGCGGGCGUCCGCCAUGUCGCGCUCUCAGCGCUACCGCAGCGCCUACUACUUCUUCGUGCGUGACCGGCUGCCCGUGCUGCAGCAGCGCGGCCUGCCCGUGACCCGAGUGGUCGAUGGCUUUCCUCACCUCACCCAGGAGUGGGCGCUGCUGGCGGAGGAGGAGCGGAUGUUCUAUGCAGAGAAGGCUCAAAAGUGGAAUGAAAAGAAAUCCUUUCAGAAGGCGGAGAAGGAGAUGUAUAAUAAUCCAGUAUCUGCUGGCGCGACUUCGGAAAUGUACAGAGUGACAUCUCUUGAUGCCUCUGCUAUAUCGUGGAUGAGUGAUCAGGCUGUACUUGCAGACAUCUUCUAUUUCCUCAAUGUUUACAGUCAUGGCAAGCUGCCGUCCCACUGUGACCAGCGCUUCCUCCCUUGUGAAAUUGGGUGUGUCAGGUACUCCCUGCAGGAAGGCAUAAUGGCUGAAUUCCAUCACUUCAUAGAUUCAGGUGAUUUCCAAUGAAGGGGGGCCUGGAAGUAGUUCAUCUUGCUCUAGGUUGAGAGGGAAGCUCUCUAGAGUCCGUUACUGCUGCACUGAUUACAUUUCUGGCAUUAAGAUAGGCUCACUUCUUUGACCAGAAAUGAUUAGACUUCUACUUUAAAUAACUGAGCAUUGCUGUUUUCUGCUUGUUUUUUUUGAACGUGUACUUAAGUACUGGGACUGCAUAAAGUUUUAAAGAGGGCAGGAUAAAUCCAGGGGGCACUUCUGAUGUUUGUGCUUUGUUUCAUGCCAAGGAGUGUUUGUUCCGGAUUU